AAGUUUUAAAAAUGAAUUCUGUAAGCGCGAAACGCCAGAUGGCUCCGCAUUUGGCGCCCUUUUUGACACCAAAGGGCAUCUGAGACUUGACACUUAGCAAUCUUGGGUGACAUCAUGUUUCAUAUGGUGUUUGAUUGAUUUGUUAUUUAUAUUAUUAGCGUAAGCUUAUGGGUUUUUCCUUGCUAUAAUUUGAGCUUGUUUGUCAUUUUAUACUACACAGUGCUUCUUUUUAGUGUUGUUAAUGAAUUGUAUAUAGUACAUUAUCAAAGGUACCGAUUAGUUUGAUAAAUAAAUCGGUGAUAUUUCUAUCUGCGAUUUUAUCUAGUAACAGGCAACUAUAUCAAAUUUGCGUCUAUCAUUGUUCAACGCACAACAGUUCUGACAAUGGCUAAUCAUGAAGAAGACAAAAGUGAAGGUUCUGCGGAGAUGGAGGUCGAAAACGAGGAGGAAAAGACUGAGGAGCUCGACAAAAUAUUAAUUAUAGAUCCCGAUAGUGAGGAACUAGACUUUAACCAUUCGAGAUUAACUAAGCUGGAAAAUCUUGAGCCAUUGACACAAAUAAAGAGACUAUGCUUUACUUGGAAUUUAAUUAAGAAAAUAGAGAAUCUGGAUACACUCACAACUUUGGUGGAAUUAGAAUUGAGGGAUAAUCAAAUUACAAUUGUAGAAAAUCUGGAUGCGCUUGUCAAUCUAGAAUUCUUGGAUUUGUCAUUUAAUCGCAUUAAGAAGAUAGAAGGACUAGACAAUUUACUGAAUUUACAAAAGCUAUUUUUGUCAUCAAAUAAGAUUUCACAAAUUGAGAAUGUCUCACAUUUGGUGAAUCUUACAACAUUGGAAUUAGGUGAUAACAAAAUACGUGAAAUUGAAAAUUUGGAAGGUCUUAAAAAACUGACUAGUUUGUAUCUCGGUAAAAACAAAAUUAUCAAGAUCCGAAAUUUGGAAGGUCUUGAACAUCUUACGCUGUUAAGUCUACAAAGUAAUCGGAUUACAAAGAUUGAGAAUAUUGAAGAACUAAAGAAAUUGGAUCAACUGUACAUAUCUGAAAAUGGCAUAACAUGUAUAGAAGGCAUAGAAAAUUGUCCAGGAUUAACUACAUUAGACCUAGCUAAUAAUAAAAUUAAAAAGAUUCAAAAUAUCGAUCAUCUUGAAAAUCUUGAAGAGUUUUGGAUGAACAAUAAUGAAAUUGAGGACUGGAGUACAUUGGAGAAUUUAACAGCCAACAAAAAAUUGCAAACCAUAUAUCUGGAGUAUAAUCCUAUUGCAAAAGAUCCAAAUUACAGAAGGAAAAUCAUGUUAUUAUUGCCUUGGCUUGAGCAACUGGAUGCGACUCUUUGCAAGAGAAAAACGGGUCAACAGUGGAAAGAAUAACAACAAGUAAAACAUUAAGAAAGUGUUACUAAAGAAUUACAUAAAUCGUUCAUAAGCAUCCGUAUGAUGGAACUCAACUUAUCUUUUUUGUAGAUCUAAAAUAUCCAUCUUUAUAGAAGCUUUAUCUUUAAUGAUAUUUAUGCAGUUAAGAUGCUUGAUGUUUACCCAAACUAAUUAAUGUUGAAAUUUGAUAAUUUAUUCUUUGAAUGUUUUUUUAUGUUGAAAAGAAAGUGUGAAAAAUCGAUCUUUGUCGUUAUGACAAAUUAUGAAACAAUUUUAUUUCGAACAAACCCUAAUAUAUGAGAAUACUUUGCUUCCUAUUUCGAUUGUGCAAUUGUACUAUUGUACUCUGCACUUUUGUUAAUAUCUGUCUCUAUCUACAUGUAUUUAUUAAUUGUAAGAAGUAUGUAGACCUUUAUAAGUAGUAUUCCAGUUAUCUGAAAACAUGUCGAGAGGACCUUAUAAUCGUUUUUAAUGAUGGAUUCUAUAAAAAUACAUAUUCAUAUUUUACAGCAUAAGAGAGAGCAGCUUUUUGUAAGACUUUGUUGGUUCAUCUUGAUAAUGAUCAUUGUUACAAUGUAAUAAUUAUAUGAAAUAUACUAAGCUUGCAGAAAUAAAUAAUUAUUAAAUGUCUCAA